GAUCUGUUCAGCACGAGAUUGAAUGGCAAACCUACCAUACAAUCCUGAAACAAUCCAGAGUGUUAGAAAAGACCAAGUGGAUUGAUAUCAAAGGAAAUCAUGGAAAUAUUCUGCCCAUCGUCAGGAUGGAUCCUUCCAUUAUCUACAUCAGACUCACUUUGGAAAUUACUCUUUCAUCUGUGUUGACGCCACCUUGAGUCCUGGUCCCAAAAGACCACUCAAUUUCUUUGGUGUCUUGCAGCAGAAUAAAAUGUGUGAAUUGUCAAAACUAGCAUCUGAAACAGUCAACAGCAAUCAAACCAUUUGGCUUGGCCAUUACACCACCUCCACUAUCAUUUCCGCCUCUCCUGGUAUGCAGCAACUCAUGAGCUCUGCAAUUGCAUACCUGUGUGGACACCUGCACACACUGGGAGGUCUCAUGCCUGUUCUGCACAGCAGAAACACAGAAGGAACACUGGAACUGGAGCUAGGUGACUGGAUGGACAACCGGAAGUACCGUCUAUUGGCAUUUGACCAUGAUCUGUUUAGUUUUGUGGAUCUAAACUUAAACAAGUGGCCGGCAGUCCUUAUCACAAAUCCAAAAUCUGCUCUAUAUAGUAGCCCAGGACAUGAGCCUCUGGGGAAAAUCAAGCACUCUACACAUAUCAGGGUUCUAGUCUUCUCGCCAUCACAAAUCACCUCAGUCCUGAUCAGUAUUGAUGGUAUCACUAUAGGCAGUGCGGUUCAUAUUGAUGGCCCAUUCUUCUCAAUAACCUGGAGGCCUGAGGAUUACAGGGAAGGAAUGCACUACAUUGAAGUCCGAGCUGAGGACACAGUUGGAAGAACUACGGUUAAAGGUCAUGACUUUGCAGUAGAAGAGAUGAGACUGCUCCCUUUUGACCUUGUGGCUUCAUUCAUCCUCCUGACGCGACAUUAUUUUAUGGCCAAGGUUAUAUUUAUUCUGGUUUUUCUGGCUAAUAUCUGCUUGAUCAUUGCCGUUCGGUUCCAAAGAAAACCGCAGCUUAAAGAGAGCCCUAGUGCCUUCACUCUGAUGUUAUUUUCGUUUCAUGUGUUGUGUAAGACAAACAUGUUCUACUAUCCUGUGUUGCUGUUCACUUGCUAUGUGGCUGUGGGUCCCUGGUUUGUUGGUGAGGUGAUAGAUGGCCAUUUUGGAGCCUGCUUUGUCUUUGGGGUCGUGGUGGAUGGCUAUUUCUUGGAGGGAAGCCUGACUUUCAUCUUUGGAAUCUUUCAGCUGACAUUUUUUAAUAUUCCACUGAUGGGCUACUUAAGCUGGUGUCUGCUCCUUCGGUGUCGAGGGUUUUGCUUUUGGACACACGCCAAGUACACAGGCUGGCUCCGCACUGUGCCCAUGCACAUCUUCAUCAUGGCACUCUUCCUGUGGCAACUCUACAGCUGCUACAUGCUGCUGCUCACUUACGGCACCGCUGCCUUCUUCCUAUCUCCGGUAAGGACGUGGUCAGUGCCACUGGCCCUGGUCCUCGUGUACAAGGCCUGGGCUCUCGACUACUCCUCCAUCAGAACAUUUAAAGCAGAAAUGAAGAACUGCCCCUACUCCUGACGGAGGACAGAGACAACAGCUCAAGAGUGGAGAACACAGCAGUCGAGCAUCUCGACUGCCAGUCACACUUCUCGAACCAGUCCAUCAAAAAUCACACCGAAUGAUUGCAGUAUCAAAUCCUGUCAAAUCAUUCCUUCCAUUGCCCCCAUCUCAAAACAAGCGCAACAACGGGAACAAACAGAAAAUCGAUUUUAAUGCAAAUGCAGAUUACACUCAAGAAGGGGGAGCUGGUAGGAGCAGCUCACAUUUUACCUCCUAUCCCACCUAGUAUUGUUUUAUACUGGCUGGGCAGAACCCACUAGGGUACUGUGUGUGUGUGUCUGUAUUAAUGAAUAUUUGUGUGUGUGUGUCAGUGAAUGUCUGUGUGUUUAUGCUGCCCUCUAGGAAUCAAAAUGACUUGCAUCCUCUCCAUGUAUAUUUCUUCACUUCAGAACUGUAUAAAGAGAGUUCGAAACACAGAAAAUAGAACAGGAGUAGGCCAUUUGAUUUUUCGAGCCUACAUUGCCAUUCAAUAUUAUCGUGGCUGAUCAUUCAACUCAGUCCCCUGUUCCCGCUUGCUUCCCAUACGCUUUGAUCCCUUUAACCCAGAGAACUAUAUCACUUUCUUGAAAACAUUCAAUGUAUUAUCCUCUACCGCAUUCUGUGGCAGAGAAUUUAACAGGGUUGGCUGGAGCAGCUGCUGCUGUUCUUGAUAUUCGUGUUGAUUUACAAGUGAGAAAUAUGGAAACAUAAGGGGUCCUUUGAAGAGUGAGGGGUUGUUUAGCACACGCUUGAAAUAAUUUUUUCAGGUUUCAUUCCGUAAGUAAAUUAAUUUUGGAAAAAAUUUCAAACUAGUGGGAUGGAAAGCAAGAACUGAGAAUGGUCGUAGAAGUUAGUUAAAACAGAAACUGCUGGAAAAUGCUGAGCAAGGUCAGGCGGCAUCUGACAUAUCAUCAGUCUGAAACGUUGAGCCUUUCUCUCCAUGUACUGAGGCAGAGCGACACUGCCAGAGAUAUCGCCUUUCGAGUGAGAUGUUAAACUGGGAUCAUGUUUGUCUGCUCACGGGUAUGUAAAAGAUCAGAUGUCACUAUUUCAAACAGGAGGAGGGGAAUUUUCCUGGUGCCCCAGCUUAUCCCUCAAGUGAUAAGGAAGACUUGCACUGUUGUAGUGUUGGAAAUGUAGCAGUCAGUUUGCAUGCAACAAGAUGGUGAUGAAUGGAUAUUCGUUUUGGAUUGACUGAUUAAUAUUGGCCCGGACAUGGGGAGACCUCCACUGGGUUUCUACGAAAUAGUGCUGUAGGAAUGUUUUGGGCCACCAUAGGGAACCUCAAAUAAAAGGUAUCGCCUGCCACAGUACAGCAUUCCCUCAGUAUUACACAGCACCAAAUGUCAGCCCUUGCUUAUCAUGCUGGGCCUGAAGUCAGGCUUGAAUCCACAACCUUCUGACUUGGAGGUGAAAGCACUACCAGCUGAGCCUCAGCUGGCUCGAAAUAAAAGUAAAUGUCCAAAACUGUAUGAUCUGGUCAUUAUCACAUUACUGUUUGCCAGAUGUUGCCACAGCUAAAUCGGCUGCAGGAUACCCUUUGGGAUGCUUUGUGUUUUGUGAUAGCCUAAGGCUGUUAACAAUUAUAGAAAAGUAAUGUCCUUUUUCCUGCAAAGUUAUUGCUUUGCAUGUGGAGUGCUUCCAGCAUUUUCUGGUUUUCUUUUUAAUUUUACCUCGUAUGUUGUAAUCACAAACGAUGAAGGAAAAUUGUUUAAUUUACAAUUCACAAAAUGACUGUCCAGAGCAGCAAUGAAUCAUAACUGUUACAGUUUGGAAACACUACUUUAAAAUCCGAAUGUAUUUUGAGCACAGCACUUGAAUCCCCUGGGUCUUCCAGCAUGAAGUAAUUCCUCUUCGUAUUUUACUGUGAGGAGAUAGUGCUUGUCACAAAGGAACACAUUCAGACAAAAAUAAAUGCCAUGAUGAAUGCUGUUUAGAUGUUGUCAAAUCUAGUGUGGAACAUGUGUAUCUGUGCUCCUUCUCUGCUAUGCUUUCAAUGACAUCUUGUGUUUAAAUACCAUCUUUAAAUAAAACAUUCCAAACUGCUUCACAGA